GACAAUAUUUAUUGCAGAGGGCCAAAGAAAGGCAAAUUUUGAGGAAUACGAUGCAAAGAAGUGUGAAAACGCUCAACAAAUUUCUGAUCUCAAGAAGAAAGUCAAAGAACUUUAUAUAAAAUAUGCGAGAGCGAAAAAUAAUAAAGAAGCGCUGGAACGCGCGGCUCUACUCAGCCGCGACUCCGUAGCUUGCGGAAACAAAUGCAAUUUGGAGGAAAUUGUAAACGCGGCAAGUGAAAAUAAUGUACGUCUAAGAAAAAAACUAGAUGUAAUUAAAUAUGAAAAAGAAAAGGUGAGUAACUAUAUAUGCAUUUUCUCGAGAUAUGACAGAUGACGAUACGUUAAAUGUCUCAACUCAUCUGCACCCUAUUAGCACGAACGUACUUUGAACAUUUUACAAACAGAAAGCAAAGAAUUGGCACAUAAACGCCAUCAUUGCGUGUUCAAAAAGAAGACGGAAGAUCCUAUGAAGAAGAAAAUCGAGACUCUGGAAGUAAAGCUGGAGCAUAUCCGAAUGAUGCAAAUUAAGGCAAAUAUCGCGCGCAUGAAAUACCGUUCCGUUUGCUCCGAGUUAAAAGAGAAGUCGGUAUUUUACGCGUCCUCCUUGAAAGAUUUGGAAGACGGCAUAAAGCAGCAGGAAAACGAGAUGAAGCGCUUACAGGGAGUGAAGGAAGAGGCUAUAGAAUUGAAAGAUAGCACUCAAGAGACUUUGGCGAAAGAGGAAAUCGAGGAGACAAGUUCCAGCAAGAGACGCGAUUCUGUCAUCAAAGAGUACAGGCAGCGUGUGUCGGACCGAAAGAUAGAAUUGGAGCGGUUGGAGCGCAUGAUAUUCCAUACUCGUCCGCGUGACAAUUUCGAAACACGUGGGAAAAGUCGCGUACAGAUGCAAGAGGACACGAUCAAGGACGAGCUGGCGCGAUUGGAGGAGGCGUUUGCCAAGUUGCGGAGCGCUACCGGAGUGUCCAGGUCCGAGGAAGUUUUGAACCGGUUUCUGGGUCAGCAGGCGACCAAGGAGAGCCUGCAGAAGAUGCGCACGGCCACGGAACAAGAGAAGAUGGUGUUAGAAAAGAGGAGGCAUGAGCUUAACGUGGAGAUAGAGACGAGGAAAUUUUCAGAAACGAAGAGCGCCGAACAAAACGCGGAAGUGAUGGCAAAAUUUAACUCGCAAAUCGAUGAACAGCGAUUACGUAGGGAGAGAGCUGAGAAUGCAAGUCGGCGGAUCCGCGAGCUUUCAAACGAAGUAACUGGUACACUGUACAAACUAUGUGAGAAGUCCCAGGUGAGAGUUAGUAAUUAUAAGUCUGUGGACGACAGAAUCCAGAUGAUUUGACAGCUCAAGACAGACCUUGUGCUUAGAAAGGCUCCACGCUCGUUGUUUUACAAGUCAGAAAAAAGUGGACAAUCCCUCUAAAUAAGAUAGCAUUUCUAGUAAUAUAUAGGGCGGUAUUCAUAGACAGAUCUUAUAUUGAAGAUUAUCUUAAGAUCAUCUUGAGGUACUCCGUACCCAAUAAAGUAUUCCAUAUAGCAUCUUUAAAUAAAUUCAAGGCGGUCUUGAAUAUAAGAUUUGACUUAUGUAUAUGAAUACCGGCCCUUAUCUUUUAUAAUAGUACCCAUGAGUUUAAAAGUUUUGGGUUAUGAUAAAAAAUUAUAUUGUUUCCUAGCAAUUAUAUAAGAUCUCACAACUUUUGGACUAAGUUCUCUUAAGUUCUUCUAAGAUCUAGAAAACAAUCGGUGCUAGGAGAAUAAAGGUAAACGAGAAAAUUAGUUCAGAUUUGAAAAAUCGCACGAUGAGUAGUUGGAUAAAAAUAAUGACAAAGGAGUAUUAACCGAGUAGCCAAUUCUUAAAGUGGAGAAGGAUCUUAAUUAACGCGUUUCUUCGCGCGGUUAGCACGGAACAUGUCCCUUACGAAUUAUCACGUACGAA